AUGGGGAGCGGGCGGGUGCGGGGCCCGGUCGGGGCUGACGGCGGGGAAACCUGCUCGGAAACUCGCCUGGCGUUUCCAGAGAGGCCCCUGCAGCCGGUGGCCCCCGUUGUCCCCCCGGAGUCGCGGGUCCGCAUGCACGCAGAUCCUCGCAUCUGCGUCCUCGCCUCGACGACGAGGGAGAGCUUCCCCUGUCCCCACAGCCCCCUUCAGAGACCCCUGCCCGCUGCCGAGAAAUGGAAGGAUAAUAUUCCUUGUGGAGACAGAGAGAAAAUAAGGCUCCCUCCGUCCGUCUACACCUUCUCGUACCCAGCCCCUGGGGGCCAGCCCGCUGCCAGGCCGCGGCGCUCGCCCGGGGGAUGUGUUACUGCUAUUAAAGGGGACGGACAGCCCUAUUACAACACUUCUUAUCAAGCACAGUUUAAGGGUGAAUGGAGUCCCCCUGCAAAGCCAAGUGAAAAGCACAUGUCCUCUAUUAAAUUUGGGGAUCCCAGGAGCAGCGGAUCUAUGAGCGAGCAGAAACGUGCCUACAGUGCCCCAGACAAGAGGACACAGAGAGUCUAUGACAAGGGACGUGCUGCCUCCCGCAUCCACUGCACAAACCUGCAGCUGGGGGAUGGCUGCACCAGAUUCUCCACCUCGACGUCAGAGCAAUUCCCAGUACAUAACCUAGAGCCUGUAACUAUUGCCCGUCCAAACAAAUAUGCCUCAUCCAUCCCCAGAGGCGACGAAGACCCUGAGAGAAAUCAAGCGUUGACAAGAACGACUACUACACAGCUCUUCUACCCAGAGGCUGACAGGUGGAUCCUCGCACCGAAGCCUGACUUGCUACUACAGAAGCAUGGAAGCAACAUUUGCUUGGGAGAUGAGCGUUCAGGCACCCGUUUCUUCAGCACAACACAGCAGUCCGACUAUCGACCACCCCACCAGAGCCAGAGGGUGACGGCAGACAGCAAGAGCCAUCGUGAGAGCCACAUCCCCUUCAACUACCACAAUGAAAGUUCUGUGACAACCACGCAGGCCAUGCUGGUCCCACACAGACAGCAGAAACGACGACUCCCUGAAGACAUGCUACAGCAGAUCAAAUGCUCACACCUGGGGCUACCCUGGAGGGCGCAGGACCUCUUCAGCACUGAACAGAAAGAUGCGUUCACGCCCAAGUCCAGAGGCCCAGCAGAAAUCCCAAAGGCGACCUCCCAAGUGAGCUGCGUCCCGCUGGGGACCCUGAAAGGAUACCGUCCCCAGAGGAAGGUGCUCUUUGCACCAUGA